UGUACUCUUCAUCUUCACUAUUCACUAAGAUUUCAUCAAAGCAAAAAAUUAGCAAAGAUCAAUUUAAUGGCUUCUAUUAAUUGUUUUCACUUAAGAAUUCUGAUUUUGGAAUUCUUGGUUUUGGUACUUAUUAGCAUUUGUUUUAGCAGUUUGCAUGGGAUUAGUGAUUCACAUUUGAGUCUUGAUUUUUACAAGAAAACAUGUCCUUCUGUAGAAGGAAUUGUGAGGAAAGAAAUGGAAUGUGCUUGUCUUUCUGAUCCUCGUAAUGCUGCUUUGAUUUUGAGAUUACAUUUCCAUGACUGCUUUGUUCAGGGUUGCGAUGGCUCGGUAUUAUUGGAUGAUACAGUGACAUUAAAAGGAGAAAAGAAUGCUCCCAACAACAAGAAUGCAUUGAAAGGAUUCAGAAUUAUUGAUAGAAUUAAAAACAGGCUUGAAUCAGAGUGCCCAGGAACUGUUUCUUGUGCUGAUAUUCUUACUAUUGCUGCUAGAGAUGCAGUUCUUUUGGUUGGUGGACCUUAUUGGGAUGUACCAGUAGGUAGAAAAGAUUCAAAAAAUGCAGCAUAUGAAUUGACUGAUACAAAUCUUCCAACUGCUGACGAAGGACUUAUUUCUAUUAUUUCUAAGUUUAUUUCACAGGGACUUUCUGUCACUGAUAUGGUUGCUCUUUCGGGUGCACACACAAUAGGGAAAGCAAGAUGUGUGAACUUCAGAAAUAGAAUUUAUGGAGAUUUUCGAAUGACAACUUCAAUAAUAGAUCCAAUUUCUUCCUCAUACCUUAGCAAAUUGAAAUCAGUAUGCCCUCCUAUUGGAAAUAUUGGAUCAGACAACAAUGAAACAUCAAUGGACAAUGUAACUCCAAAUUUAUUUGACAAUUCCUAUUACCAUGUUUUGCUUAAAGGAGAAGGACUCAUAAAUUCAGACCAAGAACUUUAUUCCAGUUUUCUUGCAGUUCAAACAAAGAAAAUUGUUGAGAAAUAUGCUGCAAAUACAAUUGCAUUUUUUGAACAAUUUGCUGAAUCAAUGGUGAAGAUGGGAAAUAUUACAAAUCCAGAAACUUAUGUGAAUGGUGAAGUUAGGAAGAGCUGCAGGUUUGUGAAUACAUAGAAUGGUGCUACUUUUGGAUCUUCAAAGACAAUGAGAUCUUCAAAUUUUAUGUAAAACACAAAGAAUAUUGAGAAUUUGGAAUUCAAUUUUAAUUUCUAUUUGAUUUGUUUGUAAUUUCUCGAGCAGAAAAUUCUAUGAUAUGAUAUUAUUGAGAAUAGUUGAA